ACUUUUCUGAAAACAGAAAGUUCCUCUCAGAGAUACAUUCAUAUAAACUCCCCAACCCCAAUUCAUUAUUUAGUUUCUUCCAAUAAUUGGUGCAUCGUGAACAGUGAGAUUGAUCUGCCUGCUACAGUAUUUUCUCCUCUUUAGGUCCCCUGUUAACAGCCUUUUACAGACUAAAUAUAAUAACAACAACUUAAUAUUUCCACACAAAUGACAUUUUGUAACAUGAAUGCAGUGCAGUGAAUAUAGAAGUUGCACGGGCCAUAGGGCAGUCCGUAUGUCAAGCUCUGUAAUAGGUGGUAAAUAUCCAUACGAUCUGCCUCCUUUGUUGCGGACUGACGACCCAACAGUUCUUCCUUCUAUAUGCCGACAUAGUGAAUUAUUUUCAUUUCUACGUUUUUUCACCAAGCCCAUACACAAGUUCUGUUCCGUUCAGUGCCGACACAAUGGCGACUUCCGGAUUGAUGACGUAACGUGAAAACACUAUUAUUCCAUGAGCCUCUCUCAAUUGCAUGGAGAGUAAAAUGGAUAACUCUUCACAUAUUUGUGGUCACAUCACCAAUUUUGAUUAAGGUUGCCUAGAAACAAGGGGUGGCUCAACUUCCCCACAGGCUCAAAUCAUCCCCCUCUCCCCUGUUUGUUCAAUAUGCAGACAGCACUUGUUGGGGAUUUAGUAGGUCAUCUAUAUUACAAUAUUGUUGUAAGCAUUCUCAUUUUAAUGUCAGAUGUGUGCCAUUUUUUCAAUAAAAGGAUAAUGGCUUCUCUUCUCUUUACCCAGACUACACACUACAUCGUUAUCUGUGUGUAUUUCAACAGAUCAUGCAAGGGGUCACCUAAAGGAGGUCACUAGAAUAUAUUCAAAUAUAAAUUAAAAUCUACUUCACUAUAUAAUGGAACAUAAUGAAUAUGAAGUCAGUUUGAAAAUGUGGAUCAGCUGUCAUCUUAUCAAUGUGGUUAAACACUGCAAACUUUUAUUGACUGCACUGAUUGAGUCCAUUCUUAGUAGUUAAUAAUUUACUUUGCAGAGUAAAAAUAAAAAGAGGAAAAAGAGUAAACAGAGUAAAGGUUAUUUUAUGAUCGAACUUAAGGACAAACCAGUUUGGGGAAAUAGAAACCGCAGCAGUGUGGAAAGGUGGGAAAUUUCUGUGUUCACAAGGGCCUUCAAAAGAGACAAUGGAAAGGAACAUCAUAUAUUUGUGGAUUUGUGCUUUUGCAGUAGUUCAUGGGAAUCAAGAGACUUUACCGCAACCUCCCAUCAGCGAUAAACUCCCAUCAUUGAUAAAGAUGAACAAUGAUUUUGCUUUCCAUCUGUACAAGAAGCUUGUAGAAAUGCCUGAUUAUCAGUCCAAGAAUAUCUUCUUCUCUCCCUUUAGUGUGUCCAUGGCCCUUUCCGAGCUGUCUUUGGGAGCUGGUGGGGAAACCAGAAAGCAGCUUCUCAGUGGCAUCGGCUAUAACAGCUCAGUCUUCAGCACUGAAGAAAUGCACCGGAUGUUCCACAGUCUCCUGGAAGAAAUUGACCAGAGGACAGGGGUGGACAUUGAUGUCGGUAGUGCUCUAUAUGUAAGCGACAAAUUGAAGCUCCUUCCUGAGUUCCUGGAGAAGAUAAAAGAGUUUUACCACUCUGAUGGCUUUACUGUGGAUUUCAGCGUCAAAGAAACGGUGGAUAAAAUUAACACAUAUGUGAAGGACAAAACGCAUGGGAAAAUAGACAGAGCUGUUGAUGAUCUGGAAUCUGACACUUUGAUGUUUCUUCUCACUUACAUAUUUUUUCAAGGAAAAUGGGACAUGUCAUUUGACCCAAGCAAGACCCAUCAAAGUACAUUUCAUGUGGACGCUGAGACUACAGUUCCAGUGCAAAUGAUGUACAAAUACGCAUCCCUCAAAGUUUUUUAUGACGACGAACUCCUUUCCAAAGUCCUCUGUCUAGAUUACGAUGACUCUUUCUCCAUGUUUCUUGCUGUCCCAGAUAUUCACACGUUUUUUGAAGCAAAGACCAUCAAAGAUCUGGAGAAGGCCAUCUCUAGGCAGCACAUUGAAAAGUGGAGGACAUCUGUCAAUAAAAGAAAAGUUAGCAUCUAUGUCCCCAAGCUCUCUCUGAAAACAUCAUAUUCUCUGAAUGAUAUUUUGAAAGGAUUGGGAAUGGCUGAUAUGUUUACAGAUAACGCCAACUUCACAGGAAUGUCAGAGGAAAAUAUCUUCAUUUCAAAGGCUAUGCAUAAGGCCACUCUGGAUAUAGAUGAGAAAGGAACCACUGCAGCAGCAGUGACAACAGCUUCAUUCACCCCGUACUCCUACAACCCAUUGUUGUUUUUGCGUUUUGACAAUCCAUUCAUGAUCUUUAUUACUGACCAAAAAAAUGGCAACAUCCUCUUCUUUGGAAAAGUUGUCAAUCCGGAGGAAAAACAGUAAUGUGACAUUGAAGAUGUCAACAUUAGCCAGCAGAUGGCCAUGACUUAAUCAACUGUUGUUCCGCUAUUUUCCUGACGCUAAAUUUUGUAGGUGUUGAUUUAUGGCCAAUCCUUCUUCUAGAGGUUCACCUUUCUGCAGAGUUUAGUUCCAAUGCAUAUCAAACACCUGAACCUGCUUAUCAAGGUCAUUGGAUUGAGUCGAUUGGGAAUAAAUGGCAGGAAAGUGGACCUGCAAGAUUGAGUACUGCCAGGAAGGCAUUGCUAGAUCUGAUUCCUCUGAUGAAUGUAUUCUUCUCUGCCAAGUGGCAACUUGUUAUAUUUAAUGCCUGUUUGGAAAGAGCUGUAGGAAAAAGUAAAAUUCAAAUAGUGGUAAAACUGGCAUUUGUCUUACAUUGUUAUACACCACAUAUUUGGCGUAGAGAUUAGAUUAAAAUCGGUGGGUGUCCAUUUUAUUAUCCAUCUCUGGAUAGAAAACAACAAAUACAUUAGUGAAGUGAAAGUGAAAUAGGUGAAAUAACACACGAACAUUCUUUUGGACAAACAUAUUGCUAUUUUAACAUGGCAGUAUCACAUGAAAAACAUACUUGCUUAGAAUCUCAUAAAGGUCCUUCCACACUGAGGCCGAAAUUCUCAUCUGAAAUUUUUGCAUUUUAAAAAAAUAAAUACAACCUCAUGUUGUGUCAAUCACAUUUACACUGCCUCUGAAACUUUCGUCUGUCAUAAAAAAUUUUGAUUCUAGGUUCAAUUUUCUGUGAUUUCUGCAUCUGUAACAUGCAUUUUCAGAGGUGUUUUGAAAAUUCUAAGUCACUGUGAUGUUUUGUGCAUGACAAAUUAUGAUGAAAAAUAAAUGUGAAAAUUUUGGACUUUUUGUACAGCCAUUCAUCAACAAGUCUAAUCUAGUCCUUUGAUUCCUUGCCUGUAAGAUUAUUAAUACAAACACAAACAGAAGCAGUCAGACCUGCAUGUAAGCUCAAUGGAGAAUUCAGGCUCAGUAUUACUCAGAUGUGAAGAAAAUAACAAUGGAUUGGCACAACUUUGCUUAAACACAUUUCCUUGGCAUCGUCCUAACCUUCCCCUCAUUAUAGCAUCCCUCAGGUCAGCCACAUGUGCCUACAAUGCUUUCCAUGUGAUGGAAAAUUGAAUGGAUUGAAUCAAUAAUAAAGUUUAGAAUUUU